GUGUGCUCCUCCUCAAUCCAAUUCCAGAGGCUCUAGCGCGCUUUUCAAACUAUUAUUCGGCCCGUUUUGGACUCUUGGUUGUUGUUGGAGCACCACCCUCUUGCCUUCUCGUCUCUGCAGUCGAUCAUCCAUCCUCUCCAUUCCCGGGAUCGCGGUAGCAUUUCGGCCGGCAUUUGCUUCUCCACCCGUCGUUCAAUUUUGCUCCGAAGAAAAUUUGGGCGCGGGCUCGGUUCUUUCCACAAUCGCACCUCAACCAGCGAGUAGAUCUACGGUUUGCACCAACGACCCCUCCUCCUACUCCUUCGUCCUCUCCACCACCACCAGCACCAACACCACCACCUUCAUCAUAGCCAGUACUGUAAUCGUUCAAGGAUCGAGUUAGUAAGACCUUCCUCUCUUCUACCCUCAGUCGCUUUCUGGAGACGAGUGAUAGCAUCAAACCCCACGUGUGGAUCCACAACCCUUUGACCGAUUUGCAUCCUUGUGAAGCUGAGCAAGUGCAUCCUACCGGUUUACCUGUCCCGUUUAAGCCCACCUCCUCCGUGUUCAGUGACUGUUACUUUCCUUGAAAGGAAGAAAAACACUCAAAAUGCCUGGAGAAACCGCCGUUGAAACCCCUCAGCAACCUCAGUCCGAGGUUGUGGAGAAGAAAGAUAUUGUCGAAGCCGAAGCCAAAGAGGCCGAAGCUUCCGAAAAGAAGGACGAGGAAAAGAAAGAAAAGGAAACUGCCGACAAAGCCAAGGCCGAUAAGGCCAAGAAGGUCAAACCCCCUCCUCCCCCACCUGUGCACAAGAAGGAUUUCGAGAAAGAUGUCGUCUAUGUCUACCAGUUCAACCGUUCCCCUACCGUCCCCAGCGUGAGCCCCUACUGCCUGAAGCUCGAGUCCUGGCUCAAACUUCAACAGAUCAAAUACGAGAAUGUGAACCACAAUGGCAAAUUGCGAUCCAAGCGUGGUCUUUUGCCCUUUGUCGAGUACAACGGAGAGGAGAUUGCCGAUUCCGAGUUCAUCAUCAAGACCUUGAGCGAAAAAUUGGACAAGAACAUGGACGAAGGCAUGGGCAAGGAUCAGCUCGGAGUCCAACACGCCAUGGUGGCCAUGGUCGACAAUCAUCUCAAUUGGUGUUUGAUGCAAUGGUUCAACCGAGAUAUGAACGAUACCAUCAAAGGAUUCCAGAUCAACUUGCAACAAAUGACUGGUUCCAAGCUGCCCAAUGGUCUUCUCAACUUCAUGAUGAAGCACACCUAUUUCAGAAAGAACAUGAAGCGCUUGAAGGCCGCUGGCUUCGCUUGCUACACCAACGAUGAAGUUGACGAGAUGGGCAAGGCUGAUCUGAAAGUGCUCUCGGAAUUGCUUGGAGAGAAGGAAUUCUUCUUUGGAGACGAGCCCAGAAGCUUGGACUUGAAGGCUUUCGUUUGGUUAGCCAUGAUGUUGAACGUGGAUGACUCCGUGAAAUGUCCUCUCCGCGACUUCAUCAAGGAAGAAUGUCCCAAUCUUGUGGGUGUUUACACCAGGAUGAAGGACCGUGCUUGGGGAGAUCAUUGGGAGGAGGCCACUGGCGAGAAGUUGGAUAUGAACCCUCAUAUCCCUAAACCCGAGCCCCCAAAAGAGGAAGAAAAGAAGGAAGACGAAAAGGAAAAAGACGAAGAGAAGAAAGAGGAGGAGGCUAAGGAAAACAAGGACGAGGAAAAGGAGAAGGACAACAAAGAAGACAAGUAAAAAGAUAGCCAGCCAAUCGGUGAUCCAUUUCCUACACACGGCCAUCCUUGAAGCAUAAAAGACAAAACGGGCCCAUACUCCAGAGAUGGGAAGCCAGUCUAAGCAGCAAAUCAAUCCUUCGUCUCACGAUCUUCAAAUACUAAAACAACUCUUAGAAUUAUCAAAACCAAAAAAUGUCCAACCCCCCCUCCCCUCCCCUUUUUCACUCGAUCCACUCAUUUCCCUUUCGUCACACCAUCUCUUCAUUUCAUCGGUGUUAGAAGGAACGCCCGUGUUCCUUUGAAGAAACAGUAACUGGAAAUAUUUAUUAUUUUCGUGGAAUAUUUUUUCCUCACGCUCUCUGCUAUUGAUUUAUUUCGUACAUAUUAUUUCAUCUACCACCUUAUUCUCACCACCUCCCGCCUAUUGUCCCCCAACCACAACUUAGGCCUCUCGUGAAGAUGAAAGCCACAGCAAGUACCAUUUCAACUUCAAUAAGUAUUGACACGAAUACUCUCAAAAUCAUUUUUCCCUCUCCUGAGGAAUUUUUGUUCCCUUUUGCUUCGAUGUCUUCUAAUUGUGUGCCUGAGGACGACAAAGUUCUUCAUCAGAUUUCAUGUUACUACAUAUAACUCUUAUUACUGUACCUCAUUUGUGGAAUAUUAUUCGGAAUGAAUGAUAGAAUAAAUAGCGAGUAAGUGACUUCCAAAUGUA